AUUUAAAGAAUAUAAGGACGAAACUGACGAAACUAGGAUUUUAAAUAAAUUAGCUGAUGCUCGUCAGGCGCUAAACAGGCUGAAGAGAGCUAAUGUAUUUGAUAUCAAAUCUGUUACUCGCGUUUUGGAGUUGACAUAUGGAAGGAGGGGACCUAUGAGACAUCAAUUGCUUAAGCCCAUUAUAAAUGAACCGAGCGAGGCUCCCAAGCCCAUUGUUCGGGGAUUUCCAAGAACUGCCCCACCACGAAUGUCGCCAUCACUUCAAACAUUAUUGUCAUCACAAACGAAAAAUCUAUAUCCUACGCUACCAGUACCAAAACAUAAACCUUUAUACCCAUCACGAAAAGCAAACCUAUUGUGGAGACAUUAUUCUAAAAUCAUGAAAACUGUUAUGCCACCUGUGGACGAUGUCACAUUAGAUCAAUUAGAAAUCAAUGCCGGCAAAGGUACUUUGACAGGACAAGGUGUUGCAAAUAGACAUAUAUCAUCAAGAAAUCAUAUUAAUGAUGAGCCAAACAGAUUGAGAAUUCAUAGAGAUACAGGAGUGCCAAAAAGUCCGCGUGAUCCUAUGAAAGAAGGACCAUAUCGUUCCGCCAGACCUCAUAACCCGAGGCCUCGCUUUAUACGGCGAUUAUAUCAGAAGCUUUUAACCAAGAUACCUAUCAUGAAAGAAAGUACCGAACCAACGCAUUUAUCAAAUUCUGUUCCUGAUACCUCCGAAAAUAAAAACCCACCUACCAUUAUGUUACCAAAAAAACGAAAAAAACAGUAUAUAAUUACUAAAUCUCCUUGGGCAGAUGGGCGUCCUCUUCCGUUGGUAAACCACACGGAUUGGCAAGGAUUGGACCCUGUUGAGGUAGCAAAACUUAUUGAUGAUAAAAAAGCUCAAAGAUUAAAAAAAAGUUAUACUAGUGAUAAUUUGCUUGUUUGA